AUGACGCCUGAACUCGGAAAGUCGCUUAUCAACAUGGCUGCGGCUGCAGACGUUGACCAGAUGAGAACCCUACUUGCGACCGGCGAAGAGUCGCCUUCGGAGGAGACCAUCCAGAGCCUUCUGACGACAGCUGCGGGAGGCUCCCACCUUGACGUUGUCAAUUUACUGUUGACUCAGUACCCCACUGUUUCUCCGAACGAGGAGGUUGUCCGAGCUGCGGUUUACACCGGCUCAAUCCCCAUUUUCAAGGCCUUACUCGCCCGGGAUUCCUCUUUGAUCAACAUGCAGUUCGACAGGCGUGGCACGCCUCUCAUCGUGGCGUGCAUGAGCAAGCAGACAGUUGAGUACCUGCGGUUUCUACUUGAGGCUGGCGCCGACCCAAAUCAGGACCCAGACGCAGCCUCUUUCCCGCUUGCGCUUGUGGCAGCGUUCUACACUGACCCCGCCGCAAUCGACCUGCUGCUGGAACACGGUGCCCGCCUGGAAAGGUCCGGCGCGCUAUCUGCCGCCUCCCGGCGUGGCAAUGAGCCGAUGAUCUAUUAUCUCUUGGAGCGCGGCAUUCGUCUCGACACCGAUGCUCCCACUAUGGGGACAGACGCGCUGCCCCUCCAUGUGGCUGUCAAGAGUGGCCACGCUGGCGCAGCCAGAAUUCUGCUACAACACGGCGCCGACCCAGAUACUACCGAUGCCAGUGGCGCUACGGCUUUCGAGGUUGCUAAGUAG